AUGAGUGAUCCGGAAGAGAUUCGUGCCAAGCGAUUGGCCAGGCUUGCGGCCCUAUCAAACGAACCGUCGCAGCCAAAACCGAAAAAAAUCGCCAGUCCAGUGACUCCUAGCCCUGUCGCGUCGUCUGUCGUGAAACCUUUCGACAAAUCGGUGUCCAGUACCCGCGAGCCUUCAAUCAGCGGGUCUAGCUCACCAGAGAGAAGACAAACCGAGUCGAUCGAAGAUUGGAUCAACACGAAACUCGAGUUUAUUCUACAGGCCACUUUGUCUAAACAAAAAGCUUUAAAGUACACGUACCUGGAAUCGAUGGCUCAGGAGUUGCAGACAUUCAAUACAGACUCGAUCGAUAGCAUCCUGCUAGACAUUUUGACUGAGAGGGGAAUUGAUUCCACCAAAUACGAAACUCCGUUUGAGUACCUGUCCGAUUGUUGGAGUAAGGCCAAAAGUGUUCGCAGAUUGAUCAAAAAUGACGAGCCGAGCAAGGAGACUAAAUUACACCUUAUUGACGAAGUCAUCAGGCUGACUUCAAGCUACUCGCUCUUAUUGUUCCAGGUUCCCGACAUGUAUGUUGACGAGGUCAAGCUGGACGUGAUUGUUCGCCAAUUGUGGUCUUCCAUCAACAAGUACGAUACUUUCCUAAUGGACAUCAUAUCCAGAUCGAUCGACAAUGACAGUGUUCUAGACUUCCUCAAUGUUUUCCUUCCGCAUCUGUCUCAACAGCUUUUGAGUCUAAACUACUCCACCGACACCGACUACUCCAAAAUCUUGACGGUUUAUCAGAUAUUGGUCUCCAACAAGACCAUUGCCUCGCAGCUCUACCUAGUGGACGGAUUCCACCCAGAAGGGCUCAAGGCCAACGAGUUUGAGCUGAAGACCAUUCUUGGGCCCGUGCUUAGAGUGUCUCCUUUGUUACCCGAAGUCGCAGUUUCGAACUAUCCAGAAGGACUCACUAAAAUUCAAAUCAAGAAUGUCCAUGAAUCUCUUCACAGUGAGCAGGUGGUUUUGAUCAACAGAUUAUUUGGAAUUUGCGACAAGAUUGUGAGGUCUGGAGAAGCGUGUCGUACAGCGUUUCUUAAACUAUUAGCUGAGAUCGUGAAUAAGAACCAUCUGAGAAGAGGAGAGCACGCCAAUCCGAAAAAACUCGCUUCGGACUCAUUCAUGUUCUGCAUCACCAUGGUUCUUGUCAAGCUUUCACAACCCUUUCUGUCUGAUGGAAUCAAGAUCGACAAAAUCUCAAUGGACUAUCUAAGUCGCCGCAACAAACUUUUGGACCUGAAGGAGGAAACCAAGAUUAAUUCCACUAUCCAAGAAUAUGAAGAACACUAUCCUGAAGACAGUCUUUCUGACGAGCCAUUGAACUUUAUAUCUGAAUGCUUCUUUUUGAUGCUCAGCUAUCUGCAGUACGGUUUUGGAGGUAUGAUUAUCAAUUCGGAAAGACUUUCCAAUCAUGUCAAACAACUUACACAGGAACUCGCAAAAUUGGAGGAAAUGCUACAAAAAACCUCUACUGAUAAUGCAAACCCGCUAGCCAAGAUGCUUGCCGAUACCAGACUCAAGCCUCUGAAAAAAGAGUUGCAGAAACUGAAGUCGAUGAAACUGUCCAUCGACAUGUGCUCUUUGAACAGGGAGUUGCAGCUUGAGAUUUUUGACGUGAUCAACGGAGCAAUCAAGUUCUUCAUCAGGCUUAUUGAGCCUACUCACAGCUAUCCAAACAUUGCACUCAAAAUACCAUUCAAUAAGUUUGAUGACGAUGUCGACAAGUUCGACGACUUUGAGUACUUGAGAAGCAUUGCUCCUGUGCCAUUCAAAUACUACCCUGAAAUCUUUAUUGAGGGCAUCGUGAAUUACUGCCAUUAUAUUGCGAAAUUUAGCAACAAUCCAAUGCUACAGAACGAAAAACAGCUAAAUCAAUUCAUAGAGUUUGCAAUAAUCAUCCUCAGAUGUCCUGAACUGGUCAAUAACCCACAUUUGAAGGCCAGACUUACAGAGGUUCUAUUUUUUGGCUCUUUGCCUAUGGCUAACAACAUGGAUGGAUACAUGGUCCAUAUCUUCAACAAUAACGAUCUUGUCAAGGAAAAUCUGCUGAUUUCUUUACUAGAUUUCUAUGUGAUGGUGGAAAAAACGGGCGCAUCCUCUCAAUUCUAUGACAAGUUCAAUGCCAGAUGUCACAUUUCGAUGAUUUUAGAGCAAUUGUGGAAAUUUGAUUUUUACAGAGCUGAUCUGAGACGCAUCUCGAAGAACCAGAAAUUCUUUGUGCGGCUCAUUGCACGUAUGCUGAACGACACAACCUACUUGCUAGACGAGUCAUUGAACCAUCUGCACACCAUUGGAACGUGUCAACGGGAGAUAGCAUCGCGCAAAAAGGGAAAUUCUCCCGCCACGGAAGAAAGCGAUGAGGAUCUGAACAAGAAGUUGCAGGAAAGCGAGAGAAUGGCCAAGUCUCUAGUCCAGCUAUCCAACAAGACGAUACAAUUGUUUGAUUUGUUCACGAAGGAGAUUCCUUCGGCUUUCUACAUUGUGGAAAUUGUUGAUAGACUCGCUGGUAUGCUCAACUACAACCUGGUUGCCCUGGUUGGGCCACGAUGCAACGAGUUGAGGGUGCAGGACCCUGAAACAUACCAUUUCAAUCCCUCAGAGCUGCUGCUACACAUUUGCUCGAUUUUCAUCAAUCUUUCUAACGGCCAGGAGUUUGUGGAGGCUGUUGCCAGAGACUCGAGAUCUUUCAGUCCUGCUUGUUUCAAACGUGCGAUUCAGAUUCUCAACAAAGUCGGCAAAAUUGACGUCGAAUUCAGCACUAAACUGAACAGCUUUGUUGAGCAAGCUGAAAAGGUGAAGGUUGAGGACGAGGAGGAAGAGUUGGAGCUUGGAGAAAUUCCAGACGAGUUCCUCGAUCCGCUCAUGUUCACCUUGAUGAAGGACCCGGUGAAGCUUCCGCAGUCCAAGGUGAGCAUGGACCGGUCUGUUCUCAAGGCGCAUUUGAUGAACGAUCCAACGGAUCCCUUCAAUCGUACGCCGUUGAAGCUUGAAGAUGUGGCUGAGGACACUGAGCUGAAAAACAAGAUCGAGCAAUUUAUCAAGGAGCGCCGUCGACACAGAGACAGCCAGGGCGACGUGAACAUGGAAUAA